UUCCACGUCUCGGCGGCGGCGCCGCAGGGAGGGAGGGAGAGAGGGAGGGAGGGAGAGAGGGAAGGAGUGCCAUGUCUGCACCUCGGCGGAGCUGCACCUCGGCGGUGCGUCUCCCCUUUCUCCUCCUCCUCGUCUCCUGGGGACUCUGCAGCGCCAAGAGGGAGGGCUCCUCCGGCCGGGCCCGCAACGUCCUGCUCAUCGUCGCGGAUGAUGGUGGCUUUGAGAGCGGAGUGUACAACAACACAGCCAUUAAAACCCCACACUUGGACACCUUAGCCCAGCGCAGUUUGAUCUUCCGAAAUGCCUUCACCUCUGUCAGUAGCUGUUCUCCCAGCCGGGCUAGCAUCCUAACAGGCCUGCCCCAGCACCAAAAUGGCAUGUAUGGGUUGCACCAGGAUGUACAUCACUUCAACUCCUUUGAUAGUGUGCGGAGCCUCCCACUGCUCCUCAGCAAGGCAGGGAUUCGGACUGGAAUCAUUGGAAAGAAACAUGUUGGGCCUGAGGCUGUGUAUCCCUUUGACUUUGCCUACACCGAGGAAAAUGGCUCUGUCCUGCAAGUGGGGAGGAACAUCACCCGAAUCAAACUGCUUGUUCGGAAAUUCCUCCACAGCCAAAAUGAGAGGCCUUUUUUCCUCUAUGUUGCAUUCCAUGAUCCUCACCGCUGUGGCCACUCCCAACCGCAGUUUGGAGCCUUCUGUGAGAAAUUUGGCAACGGGGAACCUGGAAUGGGCUGGAUCCCAGACUGGACACCCCAGAAGUACAACCCAGAUCAAGUGCAGCUCCCAUAUUUUGUACAGGACACACCAGCUGCUCGUGCAGAUUUGAGUGCUCAGUACACAACCAUUGGGCGCAUGGAUCAAGGCAUUGGGCUUAUCCUGGAGGAACUGCAUAAUGCUGGCUUCCACAACAACACACUUGUUAUCUACACUUCAGACAACGGUAUUCCCUUCCCCAGUGGCAGAACUAACUUGUAUUGGUCUGGUACGGCUGAACCUCUCCUUGUCUCCUCGCCAGAGCAUCCAGGACGCUGGGGCCAAGUCAGUAAUGCCUAUACCAGCUUGUUGGAUGUCACCCCCACCAUUCUGGACUGGUUUUCAGUGCCAUAUCCCAGCUACAGCUUGUUUGGGAAGCGGCUAGUGCAACUCACUGGGAAGUCCCUGCUGCCAGCGCUAUCUUCUGAGCCAGCGUGGGCAACUGUGUUUGCAAGUCAGAGCCUCCACGAGGUGACCAUGCACUAUCCCAUGCGGGCUGUGCAGCAGGGGCCCUUGCGCUUCAUUCACAACCUGCAGAACCGCACACCCUUCCCCAUCGACCAAGACUUCUAUGUUUCACCCACCUUCCAGGACCUGUUGAAUAGGACUCAGGCAGGGCAGCCCACUCAUUGGAACAAGACUCUACAUAGCUACUACUACCGGGAACGUUGGGAGCUGUAUGAUCACAGUGUGGACCCCACCGAGAGCCACAAUGUGGCUUCUGACCCUCGCUACACCCAGGCUGUUGAGGAGCUCCGAGGGCUACUGCAGAAAUGGCAGUGGGAAACAGAUGACCCCUGGGUCUGUGUGCCUGACGGAGUCCUAGAGGAUAAGCCCAGCCCCCAGUGUCGCCCGCUCCAUAAUGAGCUGUGAUUUUCUUCUUCCUUCCUCUUAAUGGUGGCUGUCAACUUCCUCCUUUUGAUGAAAAACAACAGGAAAAGAUCUGUGUAAGCCAAAAGAGCUUGGAUGAAACUUGCAAAUGCUGCAGUUUCCAGAGCUGAAAUCUUGAUGUGCUUAAGAGUGGAGGAAGGGACAGAGUCAAAUGCAGAAGCGUGAUUACUACCCACAGCAGGGGGAAUCAGGCCUGUCAGCAUUUUAAUUAUGACAUGGGAUACACAAUCUUAGUCAGUACCCUUUCUAAAAUGUUUGUGAUCAAAAGAAUAUCCCCAAGUGUCUAAUAGAUGAUUCAAUAGCUGGUGUGGCCAAUACCAUGCCAAGGUCUGCAACAACAUGAACAGAGGUGGGCUGGUUCCAUCCAGACUGUGGGCAUAAUUUUAUAAAUCAUGCUUUCCUGAGAAGAUGUCUUUUAAUGGAUUGGGUUAAACUAAGCUUGUUCAGCCAUUCAGAUAAAUCCAUGGUUUUGAGUGUUCCCAGGAUUGUACUCCCUCAGAAUACACAUGGGCCAGGCACUAAAGUGCUAUCCAUUAUGAAGCAUCUAGGAGUUUGAAAACCUUACAUGCUAGGAGAAGGCAGAUCUAGAAACAAGCACCCUUGUGUUUGUAGUAUAUACUUAUGAAACAAUUUGACAUGUCAGAAACAGCCAGAUGGAACAGACUGUUUUUUAAUAUGCAACUUUCAAGCAUAGAUAAUAUUUUUGAAACCAAUAAAGAGGCAAAGAAAUGA